GCCUUCAGUUUGUUUUUGUUCCAAACAGAAAAAUGAAGAAACACCUGAAGGACUCAAUGAAGAAAUUUUGAAAGCUGGAGUUGUCGAGGCUAGUGGCAAUAGUACCGUAACCAGGCGGGACCCUAUUAUCACGCACAAUGCUAAGAAUACUGGGGAUAAAGCAAAGGAGAAGAAAAAAGAACCAAAAUGGACUGGAAAAAACAUGUGGAAACUUGGCUUGAUAUUUCUAGGAGGCUACACAGUAAUUUCAACUGGUGCUCUGGUUUAUAUUUGGGGUGCACCAGGUAGAGAUCCGGAGGGAAAUGAGAUGAAAGAUGAAUUUUCUGAAUUAUCUAGCGUGGUUGCUUAUUUCAAACGAGCAGCAAGAGAGUUUGAUUUGUACAAAAAGAUGAUUCGUGACCCGUCCAGUGAGAAGUUGUUACCUGACCCACUGGGUGAGCCCUAUUAUCAGCCUCCCUACACGCUUGUCUUGGAGAUGACAGGAGUCCUCGUCCAUCCUGACUGGACUUAUGGUACAGGCUGGAGGUUUAAAAAGCGACCUGGAGUGGAUAACUUCCUGCAGCAGAUUGGGCCACCUCUGUUUGAAGUGGUCAUCUAUACCUCAGAACAGGGAUUUACUGCCUAUCCUAUCCUGGACAGCUUGGAUCCUAAUGGUUACAUCAUGUACAGACUGUUUCGUGAUGCCACAAGGUACAUGAAUGGCCAUCAUGUCAAGGAUUUAAGUUGCCUGAACCGAGAUUUGUCAAAAGUGAUUAUCGUAGACUGGAAUGAGGAGUCGUAUCGUCUUCAGCCGCGUAAUGCUCUAGGUGUAAAACGCUGGACUGGUAAUGAUGAGGACAGAACCCUGAUGGAUCUGGCACAGUUCCUUAGAACUGUGGGCAUGAGUGGUGUAGAGGAUGUCAGAACAGUACUAGACUACUACAAGCAGUUUGAUGACCCUAUAGGAGCUUUUAAAGAAAACCAACAGAAACUUCAGGAGGAGCAGUCCAAACAAGCCCUGAAGUCCAAGGAUGCGCCCAGUUCUUCAUUUUUAUCUUCCCUGUCAGCUAGAAAGAGAUUAUAGCAGUGUUUUGUGUCAUGACAGUGUUAUGUGAAAUUUCAAAUUCUCUGCAGCAAGAGAGAAGGAACACAAUCAUUGGAUAGAUGAACAGAAUCUACAUAUACCUGACAUCUGGACUUAUCAUACUGUGAGUAAGACCAAGUCCGUGCUGCUGUGUUUUAAGAUCCUUGUUUUCACUGUGUACAUAUUAUAACCGUGCAUGACUUACAGUGUAAGGCAAGCUGGAAUUAUCAUCCAGCAGUGUACUGGCAGAAUGGUACUGUUUGUACACCAUCAUCAUCUAGUGCUGUUAAGGUUUUGUAAGAAUAGGAUAUUGUGGAUGCCUGUCAAAACGAAAAGAAUGUACUCCUGUUGCCAUGACUUCACAAAGGUGAAGCGUUUUAUCUUCAUUUGUGAUGCAAGUUACUUCACCAAAAUCCAUGCCAGAAAUAUACAACAUAUAGAUAACAUUUUGCUAUCCAGAGGAAGAGAAAUAGUGAAAGGGUAAGACAAGUGUGUGUUUGAGAGACUCAGUGCGGCAGCAGCGCUGGUGAAAUACGAACCCAACUCUGUGACAGCAUAACUUGUGAAGGAGAGACCCAACUCUAUGGCAACAGUGCUGGUGAAGAACAGAUCCAACUCUGUGGCAGCAGAGCUGGUGAAGGACAGACCUAACUCUGUGGCAGCAGAGCUGGUGAAGGA